GAAAGACCUGCGAGAACCUUGUUGUCCUCUCCCCAGCCACCUUUUAACCCACAGAGAGAGACAUGACACACCCCCAGCGCCUACAAAUAGCAGCCCCCGCAGCAAAGAGUGACACCAAACCAAACCACCAGAACUUUUCCAAGACAUCAGAGAUAGAAGAAGCUAGCAAUUAGCUCAGUAGAAUCUCACCAGGGAAGCUUUACCUCCUCCAAAGGAUGUCUUCUGGGUCAUCGUCUCGGAGCACCUCGCCGAGCUCCGACUCAGAGUGGAGCAAGAAGGAGAACAAGAUGUUUGAGGAGGCGCUGGCCUACUACGGCGAGGGCGCCCCCAACCUCUGGGAGAAGGUGGCCAGCGCCAUGGGGGGCACCAAGUCCGCCGAGGAGGUGCGCCGCCACUUCCAGAUCCUCAUCGAUGACGUCAACAGCAUCGAGUACGGCCGCAUCCCCUACCCCAAGUACAAGACCCAAGGAUUCUGGACCUGAAAGGAUGAAGCAGUGUAAGCUCCAGUGGACAGUGAACAAAGGUGUACAAAUUACUAGAUCUCUAAGAAGUAAGAAUGGACUAUUGUUCUAGGAGGAAGCAAGGGAAUCCAGCAUUGGUUAGAAUAACAGGAAGGAAAUGAGUAUUGUCUAUUGUGUGUACAAAGUAUUGUUAGGUCAUGUCCAAGCAGGUUAGGUCUGGCUCUAUGUUGUUGUAGAUUCUCGUCUACAUUCAUGAUCUGUGUGUUGUUCAUUAUCCCGUCAAAUCAAGCCGUCAAGUAAGCUGUCAUGUAAACUCAUGUAUUAGUGUUAUUUGUAAAAAGUUGUGUCUGUAGCA